CUUUACGUUCUACGGUCUCCUCCACAUGGAGACCGUUCGUCAGCUAAUGGACUUUGUGGGUGCUAUCUAUGUAUGAGAUGCGCCACCCCACCAACAAACAAUAUUGUAUGUUUAAAUAUUGGCUGCAUUCAACAAUGUUGAUCUAGUAGAGUUUUGUUCAUUAUACUUCGGUUUCUAUUUUUUUUUUAUCAACACUACAGUUAAUCGGAUAAAUGUAUUUUUUGUUCCAGAUCGAAAUCUCCGAUCCAAUGAGACACAACCAAAUCUGAUGGAGUUUUAAUUAAACCUGAUCGUUCAGACAAGCGAAAAGAAACAAAAAAAAGUUGUUGGCAGGCACUGUAGGAAGCUGUGGCAUAGACUGAAGAAAGAAAAAAGAAACCCAAACAACGGAGGAGAAUUUAAUUCUUUGUGCCGCUCAUCGACCCUGGGAGUAAUUUUCACUCAGCAAGAGUCAAUUUUGAUGAAAGACAUUUGCAUAAGGAAGGAGGAUCCAUAUUGACUGCUUGUCAAUGGCGUCCAACUCUGACCUCCAGACAUAUUAGGAGGCAAACGAUUUUCUCCGAGACAACGAAAAAAUAAAAAAAAAAGGGGGGGGGGGUGUUGAGUUGGGGGAAGAAUUCAACCUCUUGAAAUCUUUCUGUGGCUUGGCAAGCAAUGAAGUGAGGAUGGCAACUGGAACUGUACUAGUUCUUCUGUGACAUUUUUCUUCUGCAUGUUGUUCUGGUCAUGUCGUAACUUGUUUUAAGGAGACGUUUUGAUUCAUGCCUUCUGUGCAGGACUUACCGCCAGAUUGUGGAAGCCACUUCUGCGAUGUUGGGUAUAACAGCUUCGCGCUGCAGCCAGGACAUGACGCUGCUCAUUGCACCGAGGAAAGGUUGAACGCUUCUUCCUUGCCAUACCUCUACCCGGAACCUGUCUCUUACUACCAACAGUUUUAUGAUUACAACGACUCCCUCAGCGACGUCAGCAGCGCCCACCAUCAACAGCCACAGCAGGACAGUUAUAGAGACAAUCCAUUUGUUUGGUUUGGAGGCGGUAACCUUUACUCCGCUUAUGACAAAAAUGUUGGAAUUUCCGACGGCAGGCUUCCACUAAGGCGAGGGGUGGAGAACAGACUAGAUAAGACCCACAGAAAACGUCGGGCGCCAACCAUGGCUCAGCGGCGCGCCGCCAACGUGAGAGAAAGGCGCAGGAUGUACAAUUUGAACGAGGCCUUUGAUAACCUCCGCCAACGAAUUCCCACCUUCGCUUACGAGAAACGGCUUUCCAGAAUUGAAACCCUUCGUUUAGCCAUAUCGUACAUUGCAUUUAUGGCCGGCAUUGUGAACGGGGAAGACCCGGGAAGAACUCGCCUAGGUCAUGUCACUAAAAACGACCCCCAGUCCAGUGAGGUGCCCUCGUCAACUAACGGGAUGGAUGGACAGGCUUCAAAUGUUUAUGACGUGUUAGAUAACGAAGAUGAUGAGCUGGAAACUGAAAACGACGAAGACGAUGAACAUUCGUUCGAUAAGACCCUGCUCUCAGCUUGACAUGAUGAUACCCUGCUCUCAGCUUGACAUGAUGAUACCCUGCUCUCAGCUUGACAUGAUCAUACCCUGCUCUCAGCUUGACAUGAUGAUACCCUGCUCUCAGCUUGACAUGAUCAUACCCUGCUCUCAGCUUGACAUGAUCAUACCCUGCUCUCAGCUUGACAUGAUCAUACCCUGCUCUCAGCUUGACAUGAUGAUACCCUGCUCUCAGCUUGACAUGAUCAUACCCUGCUCUCAGCUUGACAUGAUCAUACCCUGCUCUCAGCUUGACAUGAUGAUACCGUAAAUUUGGCUAGAAAUUAGGUCUUUCUGAUUUCGACACGUCUCUAUGUGCUCAAAGUGUUUCUGAGUAGCUCAACUAAAAUGCCUAUGGGAUAAAAAUGUUCCUAGAAUGUAAAGAGGCUUUCACUACCAAGAUAUCGGAAUAGCUCUGGCUCUUUGUCGAGUGAAUAAUUUCAAGGUAAGCAAAUUCAACUUUCAGGACUAUUUCAUUGGAAUCAAUAAACUGAUCAACCAAAACAUAUGGAUAGAUAUACUAAAAAAAACUAAUUUCUUUACAUCGAUACAGGUGUAAUCAAAGCAUAAUUAUAUCUCGUUUACAUUAGUGAUCUGUGGUGCAGGCUGCUCAUCAAUUGGAUGUGAGUUGUUUUUUUUCACAUUUUGAUUGUUAUUGAACAAGUCGGCCAAAUGUUAUUUUCAUAAGAUUCUUGGUGAUGAAUGCCUUAUAAAAUACUUAUUGUGUCAGCAAACUUUCAUAGGCCUUCUACGGUGAACAAAUAGAAUUAUAAUGAAAUUAUUUAUGAGAAAAUGUUAACUUUCAAUCUUGACAUCUCUUAUCUGUGAAACUGUCGGCCCGAGUCUCUCUUACAUUAGUUAUCUCAUCUUAAUAUCAAUGUAUGCCAUGAUGAUAAUCUAGUCUACCUUGAGAUGUACUUUAUUUGGUGUUAAUCCAUUACAUUUUUAGAGUGUAAAUAAUAGUUUAAUUACUCGCGUCUACUAUAGAUAAACAAUUUCUGAAAGCGAUAUCCACAUGCAUACAACUUUAAACCUGCAACACAAUGUCUAAUUACAGCUUAAUCUUAAUAAUAAUAAUACAUAUGGAAACAUAAGUUUGGAUAUCGAGGGACUAUUGAAUUGAUUUAAAAUCACGAAAUACCUUGUUGUUAUAUCAACCGAGUGGAUAGUGACACAAUUGAGGCUCUAAACAUUCUUAAGAGGAGUCUCGUUACCUGUCAGAGGGCAUCAGAGGGAAGACCUGAACAUUCCUCAGCUGACACUGUUAAGAGAACUAAAAUUGUCUCCACUUAACGAAGCUCAACCUGGCAGGCCAGUGAAAAAAAAAAUAUUGUUUUUUUUUUUUACAAUAAUAAUAAUAUUAAAUCUUGAGUACAUUAGAAUAACUUAGACCUGGGUUUUAAAUAUCCAGACAACAAAGUUAAGGUAAGAAAAUAUUGCCUGGUGGAGUGUAAGUAAGCAACUUCAUUGGAUCUCAACCACAGAGACAAGUCGUCUUCUAGAUCUACUAAAGACACAUUCAUCUCAGACCAGUAGCUUAGCUAGGAAUUUGCCAUCAUUUAGGAGCCCGGCUUGACCUCUUUAGGGGGCCUGCAUUUUGACAUUCGACAUCAUAACAUGAGAUAAUGGCGUGAUGUUUAAUAUUUAAUGUAAAAUAAACAAUUUCGAACAUUCAUUUGGGGGCUAAAUCUUUGACAAAGAUGGUUAAUAAAAUGUUGUUUAUAUUAUGGAUACUAGUUCUGCUAGUGAUAGAGAGAGAGAUCGAGUGUAGUUUUAUUCUUGCUGACAUUUUGUCAUAGUUUCAGUAUUACUGACUUUGUAUUUCUAUAAUUAGAUUCAGCUUUGUUGUUAAAUUAAAUUCUUUUUGUGUGUGUGUGUGUACUCAUGUGCUAUGUGUCAAAUGAUGUGAUAUGAACUACAGUUUUGAAAUAGUCCAACUCAUGUGUCUAUUCAAUUUAACGCCCUUGACAUUGUUUAAUUUAGCGCCCUUAUCAUUGUUUAGUUUAGCUUGACAUCUCCAAUAAACGAUUUUUUUUUUAA